AUGCCUACUGAUGAUCUUGUCGAGCUUUUGCCUUCCCGUAUUCGAAGAAGGUUGUCUAGAGGAUUGACGAGCAAGCCUAUGGCUCUCGUCAAAAAAUUGCGUAAUGCGAAAAGGGAAGCACCAGCCGGUGAGAAGCCAGAAGCAGUGAGAACACAUCUAAGGGACAUGGUGAUUAUGCCUGAAAUGAUUGGAAGCAUCAUCGGUGUGUACAAUGGAAAGACAUUUAACCAAGUCGAGAUCAAACCGGAGAUGAUUGGACAUUACUUGGCUGAGUUCUCAAUCUCAUAUAAGCCGGUUAAGCACGGUAGGCCUGGCGUUGGUGCUACCAAUUCCUCUAGGUUUAUCCCUCUCAAGUGA